AUGUUCUUUCAUUCAUUGAUCCUGGCUGCUGGCAGCCUGCCUACUCUCAUUCAGGCCAUUCCUCAUGGCGCAAAGCCCCACCUCUUUUUGCACCGUCGCGCGGCUAACACCUAUUCUAUCAUGGGUGGAACUGGCGAUGUCUCCGACGGAUGGCCUUCGACCACCCAAUGGUCUGACUAUGGAACUCUUUGGGACCUCAACAAGAUCCUUAUUGGCCAGGCUUGCGACAAUUCCGAUGAGGAGACAGCCAACAUAAAUGAAGGCAUUAAAGUUGUCGCCGCCGAGACCGACGUUGAUCCUCGAUUCAUCCUUGCAAUCAUUAUGCAAGAGAGCAGGGGCUGUGUGCGCGUCCAGUCCACCAACAACGGUGUCCAGAACACUGGUCUGAUGCAGAGCCAUAAUGGUGAUGCAUCCUGCAACAAGGAUGGCAACAAGAUAAGCCCUUGCAGUGCCAAAAUGAUCGAGGACAUGAUUUGGGACGGCACGAAGGGAACCAACUCGGGCGACGGUCUCAAGCAGUGCCUUGCGGCCCAGACAGGCUCCGACGCAGCCACAUACUACAAGGCUGCCCGCACCUACAACUCUGGCUCCAUCGAUUCUUCCGGCAAUCUCGGCGCAGGUGGCGCAACUCACUGCUAUGCGUCCGACGUUGCCAAUCGUCUACGCGGCUGGGCAGGCGAUAUUACUGAGUGCCUUGAAGAUACCAUCGGAAGUAUUACCCAAGGUCUGGGGUCCAACUUCGGUGGCGAGGAUGACGACUCAAGCAGCUCUUGGACUACUACGGCUGCUGCGCAGCCCACCGAGAAUCCCCAACCUGUCGAGUCAUCCAGCUCAGCUCCCGCCCCUCCUACCGAAACCCCUCAGCCUACCGAAACCCCUCAGCCUACCGAAACCCCUCAGCCUAUCGAAAUCCCUCAGCCUACCGAAACCCCUCAGCCUACCGAAACCCCUCAGCCUACCGAAACCCCUCAGCCCACAGUGGCUUCUGCACCUACCCCAACCUGGACAACCAGAUCUGUGCCUGCCGCUACCACCGCACCAGCAGCUUCUGGCUCAUCAUCGGCUCCUCUCUACCCCGAGGCCGCCUUAUCAUGCCAAAAAUACUACACCGUUCUGGAUGGUGAUUUCUGUGAAAGACUGACCGAUACAGUCGGAAUCUCUUUCUCCGAUCUCCGCAGCUUGAAUGGAGGCCUAAACGAAACAUGCACGAACUUGUGGCUUGGUUAUCAGUACUGUAUCAAAGCUUAA